CAAUCUACCAUGUUUCUCGCUCACAAGUCCUCUACACUUCUCCGAUUCCAUCCCCAUGCUGCCGCAAAAUUCAGGUGUUACCCAACCAAAUUCACUAUUUCCGUUUCUUUAAACGCCAUCGCCGCUGCUUCUUCUGGUGCUGUCCCCGCUAUCCAUGGCGCCAUCACCUCCACCAUCACCCACGUUGCUGUCACAGCCGUUGCCAUCGCCUCGGGUGCUUGUCUCUCCACCAAGGUCGACUUCUUGUGGCCCAAACUGGAGGAGCAACCAGAUUCUUUUACAGUCGAAGGAGUAGAUGUAACUGGCUGUCCAAUAUUUAAAGACCCGAAGUUAUGCUAUCUCUACUUGCCUCAUCAAUUGCAAGUACUCAUUUUCUGGGACUAAAACCCUGAAUUUGUGAAGGCAGGUGCAAAAGGCUAUUGCAUUUGCAAAAAGAGCUCACCAUGGACAAUUCCGCAAAACAGGAGACCCAUAUUUAUCACACUGCAUUCAUACAGGAAGAAUCCUAGCCAUGUUGGUUCCAUCUAGCGGGCAACGAGCUGUUCACACAGUUGUGGCUGGGAUACUCCAUGAUGUGGUUGAUGACACAUGUGAGACUUUGCUCAGUAUAGAAGCCGAAUUUGGCAAUGAUGUGGCGAAGUUAGUAGCUGGUGUCUCCAGAUUAAGUUAUAUAAAUCAGUUACUAAGGAGACAUCGCAGGAUAAAUGUGAACCAGGGGGUUCUUGGCCAUGAUGAGGCAAAUAAUUUGCAGGUCAUGCUGUUGGGCAUGGUUGACGAUCCACGCAUGGUCCUUAUCAAGCUAGCAGAUCGUCUUCACAAUAUGAGAACCAUUUAUGCUCUGCCAUUGGAAAAGGCUCAAGCUGUUGCACAAGAGACGCUGCUGAUUUGGUGCUCCCUUGCUUCCAGACUGGGUCUGUGGGCCCUCAAAGCUGAACUGGAAGAUCUAUGUUUUGCUGUUCUUCAGCCUCAAACUUUUACAAAGUUGCGGGCUAAUCUGGCUUCAAUGUGGAGUCCUGGCAAUAGAGUAGGAUGUCCUAGAAGAAUAUUUGCAAAGGACAGUAGUUUCUCUGAAGAUGAAAACAAUUCAACUUUUGAUGAUGAAAGCUCCACAAGUGAUGAAGAUAUCAUUAGCAUUAAAGAUCUUUUGGAAGCAGUGGUACCUUUUGACAUCUUGUUGGAUCGACGAAAACAGACUGAUUUUCUUAAAAAUCUUCGAAAGAAUUCUGAGGUUGAACCAAAAUCAAAGAUUGUGGAGUAUACUGAAAUUGCUUUGGCAUCUCUUGUAACUUGUGAGAAGGCACUUGAGCAAGAGUUAUUUAUAUCAACUUCAUAUGUUCCAGGGAUGGAAGUUACUCUGUCUAGCCGAUUAAAAAGCUUGUACAGUAUUUACAGCAAGAUGAAAAGGAAAGAUGUUGGCAUUGAUAAAAUAUAUGAUGCCCGUGCACUAAGGGUAGUUGUAGGAGACAACAACGGAACCUUGCAUGGACCUGCAGUUCAAUGUUGCUACAGCCUUCUAAACAUUGUUCACAGGCUUUGGACCCCUAUUGAUGGUCAGUUUGAUGAUUACAUAGUUAAUCCAAAACCCAGUGGCUAUCAGUCCAUAUUGCAACGGACUCCACAACAAUAACCAUUGGAUGGGGUUGGAGGUUGUGGCCCCCAUCCAAUGGUUUCUGUGGUCAGACUACAAAAUAUGGGAUUCUUAUUUUUAUGUCCAAAAGAAUUUAGGGAUUUAGGGUGAAUUAUUUGCUUUGUGGCAUUCAUUUGGGUUGAACAGUACUUGACAGCCAGUUUUAGUACAGCUGUGAAUAGUUAUUUGAAUUGCUGUAGUGACCAGAGAGAGAGAAAAGUAAGUGAGAUCAAGCAACCAAUAUAUCAAAAAGUUCUCC